AGCUCAAGAACCACUAGUACAUGCUAAAAACGAAAGCCCAAGAAAGCGACCAAACAUGGCGGCCAUCCUCGCGCGCGCCGGCGCCGGCGGCGGCCUCCCGCGGCCCGCAGACCGCCGGCCCCGCAAUGCGGUCGUCGUAGCCGCGGUGACCGGGGCCGGGCCGGCGGCGCCGCAGGAAGGGGCGCUGGAGCGGCCGGCUUGGUCCGGCGAGACGCCGCUGUCGCGGCUCGUCGGCGCGCUCAUCGCCUUCAAGCCGCUCUACUCGCUCAUGAAGCUCGCCUCCCGCGAGGUCAUCAUCAGGACAGCAGAGAAGUCGAACAUCCCGUGGAGGGAGAUGACGAAGAAGGUGCUGGAGUCGGACGUGUACGAGAUGUUCGAGAGGAUACGAGACCCCAACCUCGUCUACCCUGACUAUUAUCUCAACCCAUUUCACGCCUACGAUGAAGGGAACCUAUCAUGGCUGGCUGCAGCAGAGGCUGAACCUGCAACAAUGUCGAUUGCAAAGAGGGCCAUACCGGAGGCUACAUCCAUCGAAGAGGCGAACCAAAUCGUUCGAGGUAACUGGCUGAACGCAAUCGAGGAGCAUCACCUCAAGUACUCGGGAAACUGUCAGAUAAAUGACAUUUUGGACAUUGGCUGUUCUGUUGGAGUAAGCGCCAGAUACCUGGCUGAGAAGUUCCCUUCGGCUAAAGCUGUUGGACUCGAUCUAUCACCUUACUUCCUCGCAGUGGCGGCACAGAAGGAAGAAAAGUUGUCACGGCAAAACCCUAUUCGUUGGGUUCAUGCAAAUGGUGAAGCGACUGGGUUGCCGUCGGAUUCAUUCGACCUAGUCUCCCUUGCUUAUGUGUGCCACGAGUGUCCAGCACGGGCAAUAACUGGAUUGGUGAAGGAAGCAUUCCGACUCCUUCGCCCAGGAGGAACCAUCGCCUUGACCGACAACUCGCCAAAAUCUAAAGUACUUCAGGAACUGUCCCCAGUGCUGUUUACCCUGAUGAAGAGCACUGAACCGUUUCUGGACGAGUACUACAUGCUGAACUUGGAGGAGACGAUGAGACAAGUUGGCUUCGUUAAUGUUCAUUCUAUCCUGACAGACCCCAGGCAUAGAACAGUCACUGCAACUGUGCCUUACUGAUUGGACCAGACAUCAGGAGCAAAGUCCGAAGCUAAUUUUGUUUAUCUUAGUUUGGUUAGGUGUACUUGAGAAAAGUUGAGCAACUUGCAUAUUUGUGCACAUACAAAGAACAAUAAAUCAUAGUACUCCAACGGACCUUACCGUUACUGCA